AUGCCGUUGCAGACAUGGUGGAUGACUGCAGCACUAUCAUGGUAUAUUGGCACUCAAGCUGUGGCACAAUUUCCACCGCUACCUGAGUAUGGUAACGUCAACUCCAUCUCCUCACCUAGCGAUGAAAAUGUCACCAUCAGCUACAAGACGCCUGCCAGAGGCACGUGUACAACUGUCUUCGAGACUCAACGGCAGAUCAGUGGCUAUGUCACCCUCCCACCAAGCACGGACAGACCUGAGCAAGGCAACUAUACCAUCAAUACUUUCUUUUGGUUCAUCGAAUCUCGACAGCUACCCGAAACGGCACCCUUGACGGUCUUCAUGAAUGGUGGACCAGGUAGUAGCUCGAUGGUCGGAUUGUUCCAGGAGGUCGGUCCCUGCGAAGUUGUUGAGCUAGCUCGAGACCGCCUGGGUACCGUGGCUCGUGAAUGGGGCUGGGAUCGCAGCUCCAAUCUAAUUUUUAUAGACGAGCCCGUCCAGACUGGAUUCAGCUACGAUCUGCUUUCGAACGGUUCUUUGAACUUACUGGAUCAGAGCAUCAUCUACCCACCUACAGUUACACCAGGUACACAGCCAUCUUACACUUUCCUCAAUGGCACGUUCUCCUCAAAUGACCAGACUUCCACCGCCAACACAUCACAGCUAGCUGCACACUCAGUAUGGCACUUCCUCCAAGCUUUCAUCCAAAGCUUCCCAGAGUAUUCUCGGUCUCCGCCCGAAACGAAUUCUUCGUCCUCGUCCGCCAGCAUCAAUCUCUUCACCGAGUCAUAUGGUGGUCGCUACGGUCCGGCCAUCGGCUCCUUCUUUCAGACCCAAAAUGCUCUUCGGGCCUCGUCACCGGACUUUGCUAAUUCUACCAUCGAUCUUGUACUAAGCUCCCUCGGCAUCAUGAACGGCUGGAUUGACUCACUGGUUCAAACGCCUUCUUUGCCAAACUUCGCUUACGACAAGAACACCUACAACAUCCGAGCCAUAAACCAAGUCCAGCAGCUCAAUGCCCUCAGCGCCUUCCGUGGCGCUGGUGGCUGUCAGGAGCUGACCACACUCUGCCGUUCUCAAGAGCUCGCUUACGACUCCAACGACAUCGGCAAUGCCGCCAACGUCAACGAAGCAUGCGCCACCGCCACUACCAAUUGCCAGAACAACCUCCUCACGCCCUACUUCGCCUCCAACCGCUCAGUCUACGACAUCACACAGUCUUACCUAGACCCAUUCCCCAGCUCCCUCUACCUCGAAUACCUCAACACCGCCGCCGUUCAACAAUCCAUCGGCACACCUCUGAACUACACUACUCCCUCCCUAGCCGUCUACAGCGCCUUCAACAGCACAGGCGAUUGGUCCCGCUCCUCCGGCAUCGCUGACCUUGCCGACCUGCUUAACUCUGGCACCCGCGUCGCCUCAUCUACGGUGACAGAGACUACAUCUGCAAUUGGCGCCGGCUACGCACCUAUCGUCGCCAACUCGAGCUACAUCGGCGGUGUGGUCCGCGAGUUCGGCAAUCUUUCCUUCGCUCGCAUCUAUGAUGCAGGGCACCUUGUGCCCGCAUACCAGCCGGAGACGGCGUUCACAGUGUUCUCAAGGAUCAUCAACGGCGAUGGUAUCAGCUUGGGCAACCCUGCUGACCUCUCUUCUUUCAAGUCAAAAGGGGAAGCGAAUUCGACCCACCAAAACAUCGCUCCGCCUAUGUCGAAUGCGGUAUGUAACAUCAGAGCCGUGAACACCACGUGCAACGUGGAUCACAAGAACAUGCUCGCCAAUGGUGCGGGCGUCAUCAUCAAUGGCGUGCUAUACAAUCAGGAGUCGGAAUGGACGCCACCGGAUCCGUCUCUGGCGGCGCAGGCAGGUGUGCCAGGCAGCCUGCCAUCUACGACUCGCCUCACCACAGGAGUAGAAACCUCAACAGCGGCUGGCUCAGGACUGACCACAACCACCACAAACAGAGGCUUCCCAACCGGCGUCUUCACAGCAACGGCAAUCCCAAGCGUCACGUCGACCAGCUCCGGUGGCGCCGGCGUGCCGACUGCUGCCCCUUUUCUCCAGGUACCGAUGAUGAUAGGCUGCUCUUCCGUAGGGCACGCUGCGGCGGCCGUAUUGGCUGCUGGGUGUAUUGCGGCGAUGGCCUGA